ACUUGGCUUAUCCUCUCCUCUACCCUGCGGUGGUAUAACUGCAGCCUCUCCCUCUUCCCCUUCUCCCUUUGAAUUCCUUCUCUCUCUUUCCCUUACCAUUUUCCUUCCACAAAUCCAAGCUUUAAUCUCUCUCUUUUUCCUUUCAAUCCAAGCAGAGGAAACAAAUGCGCAUGCUUCUGUAAUCCCACCUACUCUGUUCCUUCAGCUAGAAUUUCUCAGAGUUGUUGUCCUUGUACUUCUCAGUGUCUCAGCAGAAAAUUUUGAAGAUGAGAGUUGCAGUGGUUGGAGCUGGGAUUAGUGGGUUGGUUUCAGCUUAUGUUCUAGCAAAAGCCGGCGUCGGUGUUGUCCUGUACGAGAAGGAGGAAUACCUGGGAGGUCAUGCUAAGACUCUGACUUUUGAUGCUGUUGAUUUGGACCUCGGUUUCAUGGUCUUCAAUCGGGGACAGGGUUGCGAAUGGGGCAGCAAGAAUGGCCUGUCCAGCUUGUUUGCACAGAAAACCAACUUCCUUAAUCUGCACUUUUGGCAGAUGCUUAGAGAAAUCAUCAAGUUCAAGGACGAUGUCCUCAGUUAUCUUGAAGUUCUUGAGAACAACCCAGACAUUGCUCGUGAUGAGACUUUGGGGCAGUUUGUCAAGGCACGGGGUUACUCUGAAUUAUUUCAGAAAGCUUAUCUGGUCCCUAUAUGUGGUUCGAUAUGGUCCUGCCCCUCAGAGGGAGUUAUGAGCUUUUCAGCUUACUCUGUUCUCUCAUUUUGCCGCAAUCAUCAUCUACUUCAGCUUUUUGGCCGUCCCCAGUGGUUAACUGUUAAAGGGCGUUCACAUCGUUAUGUUGAUAAGGUCAGAGAAGAGCUUGAGACCAGGGGUUGCCAAAUAAGAACUGGUUGUGAGGUGAAGGCUGUUUUGACUGCUAAUGAGGGUUGUACUGUGUUAUGUGGUAAUGGUUCCCAAGAGAUGUUCACUGGAUGUAUAAUGGCUGUUCAUGCUCCAGAUGCUUUGAGACUACUAGGAAAUGCAGUAACAUACGAUGAAUCAAGAAUACUUGGAGCUUUCCAAUAUGUCUACAGUGAUAUAUUCCUUCAUCGUGACCAAACUUUAAUGCCCAAAAACCCAGCAGCAUGGAGUGCAUGGAAUUUUCUUGGAAGUAAAGAGAAGAAAGUAUGUUUGACAUACUGGCUCAAUGUGCUUCAGAAUAUUGACGGAACAAUACCUUUUCUGGUAACUCUGAAUCCUGAUCAGACACCAAAACAUACCAUACUUAAGUGGACAACUGGCCAUCCAGUCCCAUCUGUUGCUGCAACUAAAGCUUCCCUUGAGCUUGAUCUUAUUCAAGGGAAGAGAGGAAUUUGGUUCUGCGGAGCAUACCAAGGCUACGGCUUCCAUGAGGAUGGACUCAAGGCCGGCAUGGUAGCUGCAAAUAGUUUGCUGGGAAAAAGUUGUUCCAUUCGAAAUAAUCCAAAACAUAUGGUACCAUCCCUGAUAGAAACAGGAGCACGACUUUCUGUUUCUAAGUUCCUCAGAAAUUAUUUAUCAACUGGCUGUGUUAUAUUACUGGAAGAAGGUGGCACAAUAUUUACCUUUGAAGGAAAUAAUGCAAAAUGCUCACGGAAAACUGUGUUGAGAGUGCACAGUCCCCAGUUUUACUUGAAGAUUAUGACUCAGGCAGAUCUAGGUCUUGCAGAUGCAUAUAUCAAUGGAGAUUUUUCUUUUGUUGAUGCUAAUGAAGGUCUUCUAAAUCUCUUGAUGAUUCUCAUUGCCAACAGAGAUUUGAAUGCAUCCAGCUCAAAACUUAGUAAGAAAAGGGGUUGGUGGACACCAAUGUUGCUUACAGCUGGUAUAGCAUCUGCAAAAUAUUUCUUCAAGCAUGUUUCACGGCAGAAUACAGUCACACAAGCUCGUAGGAAUAUUUCUUGUCAUUAUGACUUGAGUAAUGAACUUUUUGCUCUAUUCUUGGACAAAACAAUGACGUACUCCUGUGCAGUGUUUAAGAAGGAAGAUGAAGAGUUAAUAGUUGCACAACAGAGGAAAAUCUCCCUUCUGAUCGAAAAGGCAAGAAUUAGCAAUAAGCAUGAGAUUCUUGAGAUUGGAUUUGGUUGGGGUAGUUUAGCCAUUGAGGUAGUCAAACAAACAGGAUGCAGAUACACUGGCAUCACUCUAUCUCAGGAGCAACUGCAAUAUGCAGAAAUGAAAGUAAAGGAAGCUGGACUUCAGGACCACAUUAGAUUUCAACUCUGUGAUUAUCGCCAAUUGCCCAAAACUCAGACAUAUGACAGAAUUAUAUCAUGUGAGAUGUUAGAAGCUGUUGGCCAUGAAUACAUGGAGGAGUUUUUUGGUUGCUGUGAAUCAGUAUUAGCAGAAGAUGGACUUCUUGUUCUACAGUUCAUAUCGAUACCAGAUGAACGUUAUGAAGAGUAUAGGUUAAGUUCAGAUUUUAUCAAGGAAUACAUUUUUCCUGGUGGGUGCCUACCUUCAUUAAGUAGGAUAACAUCAGCUAUGGCUGCUGCAUCACGACUCUGUGUUGAGCACGUGGAAAACAUAGGAAUCCAUUACUACCAAACUCUGAGAUGUUGGAAAAAGAAUUUCUUGGGAAAGCAGAGCAAAAUUCAUGCUCUGGGAUUCGAUGAUAAGUUCAUUCGGACAUGGGAAUACUAUUUUGAUUACUGCGCAGCUGGUUUCAAGUCAUUGACUCUUGGAAAUUAUCAGGUUGUAUUUUCACGUCCGGCGAAUGCAGUUGCACUUGGGAAUCCAUACCAAUGUUUCCCUUCAGCCUAAUGAUGUAUCUGCACAAACCAUGGAUUUGGCCUAAGAGAAAGCCUGUUGAUUCUAGUUUAGCAAUCUCUGACAUUCAUUUAUGCCCAAAUAAAUUGAAUAUGUUUUUGGUACAUAGAGAUUAGGAUUGAAUCCUAGAUCUAUGACUAAAAACACAAAUAACUUUAUAAUCAGACCACAUAACUAAAGGUCUAAUAGAUUGAAUUAGUUAUUAAGAAACUAGUUGUGCUGCUUGCAAGUGCUUUGGUCUCAUUUUCAUCUUGUUGAUCCCAUCCCCCAAAGAUUUCCAGGUGAUAGCAAUAUCUAGUUAACUGGUAGAAAAUACAUAGAUAACCAACUCUUUUCCCUACACCUUACAAAUCAAAUAUGAUUUCAGUGUCACAAUGUAUUUAAAUAACUAUUGGUAUCAAGCACCAGUUAGGUUGGUGGCAGGAGUUAAAAAGUGUAAAGAUCUUAAAAGGGACGACAAGCAUAAGACCUGACCUACUGAUCAUAAAUCAAGAAAUCCUCUUAACAUUUAACUGAUUCUAAGUGAAGAACACAUUUUGUAAGCCGAACUCGAGCAAAGAAACAAUGCAGGAAAUAAGCAGAGUCCAGAACCCAAAGUUUCGAGUAUACUCCAGGAAGAGAGCACAAAGUAGAAAUCCUGUUUCUACACUACCUGAAUCAGUUAAGAACUGAGACAAAAGGUAAUGAUCUGUGGGUAACUGUAUGGUAGGGCAAGGAGUAUCAAUAUCUAGAGUAGGAAUAUGAGAUCAACAUGACAAUUUGCAGAGCUUCAUAGGAAUUUAUUUAUCUAAUAGUCUGUGCCUCCAAUCAUCCAAAAUCGCAAAGGACAGUUUUCCUGACAUUCUAGCUGUUCAAUGAAAAUUUUGAUCUACU